AUGUUCAAGCGGCGGCGAUUCAACACUUCUGUCAGAGUGCUGGGAGAGCUGAAUUCGCGCACAUUGAAACGGACUGUUACCUCGCAAGACGGUAAAACAAGGCAAAGGUCCCCUCUGUUCUUAGGUGAUUUCGCCCUGUUCUCCCCUCGUCCGCACCCCUCUGAAGUCAACCUUGAAUCAAGCGCGCGUGUGCUGCUGCUGUCCCUUCCCAGAGACCCCAAUGGGGCAUCAGAUGGCGGGUCGCUGACAGCUGGAAACCUAAAACAAGAAAAAGCCGCAGCAGCAUCGUCAAGAGCAGAGCAUGGCACCAAGAGCCCUGUGCAAACAGAAGCCCAUGGCAUCAUGAAGGAGCAGAGCAUGCCAUAUCAGCAGAAGCACAGCAUCAUGACAUGCCCUUAG